UAGGGCUUUGUUUCUGCUUAGUAAAGGAAUGUUGCUGCUGAUGGAGAGGAAGCUGGGCGAGGUGCAUCCUCUUCUCAGUCUGUGCGGGACCAUAGUUGAAAACUGGCAGGGAAACCCCAUCCAAAAGGAGUCGCUGAGAGUCUUCUUCCUAGUACUACAAGUCACACACUACCUGGAUGCUGGACAGGUAAAAAGCGUGAAGCCGUGUCUGAAACAGCUGCAGCAGUGCAUUCAGACCAUCUCUACACUCCAAGAUGACGAGAUUCUUCCCACCAACCCCGCUGACCUCUUCCACUGGCUGCCCAAGGAGCACAUGUGUGUUCUCGUAUAUUUGGUAAUGCUCAUUUUUUUAUUCUUCCAUAUUUACACAAAGCUUCUAUAA